UGCAGUCUGGCUGUUUCCUGCAGGACGGGUCACCGCAGCCAUCGCCGCCUUCUGCACCGUAGCCCAGAACGCUGUUGCCUUUGCUUCUCACAGCCUUUCAGAAUCGCGCUCGCCGCAGCAGCCUCCUCGACCAUCGCACGGGCAGUCCAGCAGCCGUCGCUCGUCCCGCCUCUGCCCCGGCCACCGCCGCUUCUGAUAUUCCGGUGAGUCUUAACCUGUGGGAAUCAGGUCUGCUGAUCCUGGUGGUAGCCACCUUAGGCGUGCACGGUGCUUUGAAGAAUGGCCGAGUCAGCCAACCACAAGGAACUGUUAGAAUCCAGCCUAGAAGAGGCUAGUGAUCAGGUAGUGAUGGAGGGGCUGGGGGAGCAGCCAGAGCGCGGCGAAGAUGCCUCCGCUGGGCCGGGAGAUGGUGGGGAGCACAGCCAAGAAGCUGCUGCUGAGCCUGGGGAAGAGCAAGGAAUAGAUGCCGCUGCCGCUGCCGCUGCGGGUUCGGCGGAAGGCGGGGAAGAUGGUGAAGUGACUACAGAGGACUCAGACCCAGACCGGCCAAAAGGACUUAUCGGUUAUCUUUUAGAUACAGACUUUGUUGAAAGUCUACCCGUGAAAGUUAAGUACCGUGUGCUAGCCCUCAAAAAGCUUCAAACUAGAGCUGCAAAUCUAGAAUCCAAAUUCCUGAGGGAAUUUCAUGGCAUUGAAAGAAAGUUUGCUGAAAUGUAUCAACCCUUACUGGAAAAAAGACGCCAGAUCAUUAAUGCAAUCUAUGAACCCACCAAAGAGGAAUGUGAGUAUAAAUCCGACUCCGAGGACUAUGAUGAUGAAGAGAUGUACGGCGAGGAAGAGAUGUCUGGUGAGGAAGAGGGGCUGGUGCAGGAGUACAUGGAUGAAAAUGAUGGUUACGAGGAAGAUUAUUAUGAUUAUGCCAUUGAGGAGGAGGGAGAUGACGAUGACGACAGUGACAGUGACAGUGACGACGACGACGACGACGACGACGACGACGACGAGGACGACGACACAGAGGCUAGUGCAGAAGAGAAUAAAGAAGAGGACCCUAAAGGAAUUCCUGAUUUUUGGCUGACUGUAUUAAAAAAUGUCGACACUCUCACUCCUUUAAUUAAGAAAUAUGAUGAGCCUAUUCUGAAGCUCCUGACUGAUAUUAAAGUGAAGCUUUCAGAUCCUGGUGAGCCUCUCAGUUUCACACUAGAAUUUCACUUCAAACCCAAUGAAUAUUUCAAAAAUGAGCUGUUGACAAAGACCUAUGUGCUGAAGUCCAGGCUGGCCUACUAUGAUCCCCACCCUUACAGGGGAACUGCGAUUGAGUAUUGCACAGGCUGUGAGAUCGAUUGGAAUGAAGGAAAGAAUGUCACUUUGAAAACCAUAAAGAAGAAGCAGAAACACCGAAUCUGGGGAACAAUCCGAACUGUAACUGAAGAUUUUCCCAAGGAUUCAUUCUUCAAUUUCUUCACUCCUCAUGGCAUCAGCUCAAAUGGAAAGGAUGAAAACGAUGAUUUUUUGCUUGGUCAUAAUUUGCGUACUUACAUAAUCCCAAGAUCAGUAUUGUUUUUUUCUGGUGAUGCACUUGAGUCUCAGCAGGAGGGGGUAGUUAGAGAAGUUAAUGAUGCAAUUUAUGACAAAAUUAUUUAUGAUAAUUGGAUGGCUGCAAUUGAGGAGGUUAAAGCCUGUUGCAAAAAUCUUGAAGCAAUAGUAGAGGACAUUGACCGUUAAAGUAGAAUCUAUGUGAACCUGAAAUUAACUGUCUUAGAUCUAGUUACUCAAGA